AUGGAUCGGCUAGGCAUUGCAAGCGAGCUGAUGUGCCCGAUGUGCUCGCGGGCAGUGCCCGAUUCUCAUGCGAUGCGGGUGCUCUCGAACACAUAUCGCGAGCGACUGGCUCGGUGGCGGACGGCGGCUGAUGCCGAGCAGGUGGCGCGGGAGUGGCAGCUGAGUCUUGUCGGCCGGCUGGUGGCCUGGAUCCUUCUGCCGUUCUCGGCGCUUCAGUCGAUGUCGUCGCUCUCGGAGGUGUACAAGAUGUGCAUGUACUAUUCGGCCAAGGCACCCAAGCGCUAUCACGGCUCACAUUUUUGCUUCGGACGAUGGCUGGUCACUGGCAAGUUUGCUUGGCUCAAGCUCUUUGUCAUCGGCUCGAUCAUCGACUACAUUUUGGGCGCCAACGUGGCCUCCUCACACGCUGCUGCGGCCAUGAUCGAUUGGCUCGCGCAGUAUCCGGGCCCAGCGCAGGUUGUGUGGGUCCUGGGCUGGCUAUACGCGUUCGAGACCAUGAUCCUAGGCGGCAUCGCCGCCGCCGCCUCGCUGGGCUUUGCUGCCCUCACCACGACACACUCGCUAGUGUCCAUGCCAUUCAAAGCCGCCUGGGAGCUGCUCAUGCCGAUUGCCGCCCCGUAUACAGCUGCUGUCACCACGGGUGCCUGCAAUGCGACCCUAGCGCUGCUGUACGGAGGCGGAUGAACAUCAAAC